UGUAUUUCUAAGACGCACAGAGCGGUUGCGCAUCAUCCAGUAGUUUUUAUCCACCGCGGCCACAGCGCUUGUUCUCAGCUCAGUUUGAAGCUUUUCCAUUUUUCUUUUUAAAUAUCCCUACAAAGCUGCAUCUAUGGCUUUGCCGGACAGUGGUUUAUGUGGGGAGGAGGUCCCUUUCCCAGAGAUCAUAGAGCUGAAUGUUGGCGGCCAGGUGUACAUAACGCGCUACUCUACCCUCACCAGUGUGCCAGACUCUCUGCUGUGGGAGAUGUUCAGUCAGAAGUCAUCCAAGGGGCUGGCGAGGGACACCAAGGGGCGUUUCUUUGUGGACCGCGAUGGCUUUCUGUUCCGCUACAUUCUGGACUACAUGCGGGACCAGCAGCUGGUUCUACCGGACCACUUCCCGGAGCGCGGGCGCCUGCAGCGGGAGGCUGAGUUUUUCAACCUGCCGGAGCUCGUUAAGCAGCUGGCGCCCAAAAUAAGCAAGCAGAACUCACUGGGAGACGAGGGCUGCCCCAGCGACCCGGAGGACUCCUCACCUGGGAUCGACUCAGCGCGCAGCCUGGGGUCCCUGGGGGCCGCGGCCGCCGCGUGCGCCAGCCUGGUCCCCAGCGCCAUGGACGGGAAGCGCGCUGGGUUCAUCACCAUUGGCUACCGGGGCUCCUACACUCUUGGCCGCGACAGCCACACCGAUGCCAAGUUCCGGCGGGUGGCUCGGAUCAUGGUGUGCGGGAAGACCUCUCUGGCCAAAGAGGUGUUCGGGGAGACCCUAAACGAGAGCCGUGACCCAGACCGCCCCCCUGAGCGCUACACCUCCCGCUACUACCUGAAGUUCACCUUUCUGGAGCAGGCCUUUGACAAGCUGGCAGACGCAGGCUUCCACAUGGUGGCCUGUAACUCCACAGGAACCUGCGCCUUUGCCCACGAGCAGACAGACGACAAGAUCUGGACCAGCUACACUGAAUAUGUGUUCUACCGUGAGUGACAUCAGCGGCUUUAUUCCCCUGGCCCCCCUCCACCCUGUCUCCAACAGACCCCCCCUCUCCUCCAGCCAUCCCCUCUCUGAUGGCUUUGGUCCAGUAGAUGUACAGUGCUAGAUGUUGUGUGCCCCCCCCCCACCCUACCACUUCAUUUUACUUUGCAGCUUCCAGCUCUUAUCCUUUGAACAGUUCCCAGCUGCCGCUCUGAAUCUUCACCCCACUUAUUCCUGCGACUCCAAUCCUUCAACCCCAAAUCCAUCCUCAGGUCCAGCUUUAUGCCCUCUUCCAUCGCCUGCUCAUCUAGUUAUAGUCCCCAAAAACUCAGCCGCAGCAAUCCCUCACCCCUGUCUGCUCAGACUGAUACCUUCUAUGUAUUCUCUUUUGUAUCCCACGUUUGAAUAUAUGUUCCAUUUGUCCUGGUGAAGCACAACGACGUAUCCAACAGCCAAUUUCUUUCUUAAAAAACGUGCCCUGAGUGUGCCUAUGUGACUAUUAAACUCAGUCAUAGGGGGGUUCAAAUAAAAGGGCUGAAUGAGUUGUAGUCAUGCACAAAGCUUACUCGAGCAGAUCGGACUCUCUGCAGCUUCUCAGAACUAAAUUACCAAAUAAUUGGACAUCCUAUCAGCCUAGAGGGACAUGAGCAUCCCCAGCUCAAGAUAGGAGUGUAAUCUAAUUUCCUUAAUUUUAAAAAAAUAAUUAUUUUAUCAAAUGUGUCUUGUAUUGUUAGGUUGGGGAAUGUGCUGUUGUCAAUCUGCAUUUUUUUUUUUU